AUGACUAUUAGCUCGCAUCAACUUAGUAUCACACUUCUAGUUGUUUUAUUCGUGCGUAUUGGAGCUAGUGGAAGCAAUGAAGCCUCGAAACAGUGGACAGAUGAGGGCAGAAAUUACUCGAAUUUCUUGACAUUGACAAACACUUCAGAUAGUGCGCACGAGGCGAACUGCUCGGCACACUCCAUGGAGGAAUUUCCUACUGACUUAUUUACUGCUGAACAGCGGAGAAAUGGAGCUGUACUAUUUCAUGCAUUCUUCGGGUUCUACUGUUUUCUACUCACUGCAUAUGUCUGCAAUGACUACCUUCUGCCGGCUUUGGAUAUUAUCUGUGCGGAACUCAAGAUCAGUGCUGAUGUAGCUGGGGCUACGUUCCUAGCAACUGCCAGUUGUUUUCCCGAGUUGUUUGUCAAUGUUGUGGGGACCUUCGUUACGGAAUCGGAUCUCGGGGUUGGAACUGUUGUCGGAGGGGCUGUAUUCAAUACCUUCGCAACGCCGGCUUUCGGUGCGCUAUCCGCUGCUCAGGCCAUUCAACUUGACUCAUGGAUUCUCUCGAGGGAUUGCAUUAUUUAUGUUUUCUCGGUGAGUGCUCUGGUGAUUGUCAUGUGGGAUGGCAAAAUCAGGUGGUACGAGUCUCUGGUUCUCAUUAUUUUAUUCACCGGAUAUUUCACACUUUUAUUUCUUAACAAUAAAGUUAUAUACUGCACGAAGAAGAUUAAGGAACUGUUCAGGAAGAGAUCUGAACUUCAGAAUGAAAAUGAACGCAGAUCUGAGCAUGAGGAUAUGCCAACCGGAAGUUACAAACCCUUUGUUCACGGGGAUUUGGUUGUGGAGUAUAGGAAGAGUAUUCAACAUAUUAAGAGGAAAGAGAUGGAGGAGGGAAAAAGCUACAGUAGUUGUCCGGAGAAGUUUGACGAAUACGUAGAACCAGCUUCACCAUUGAAUUGUCCAAGUGGUGGUGUCUUGACUCGAAUUUGGUUCGUAUUCACCUGGCCCCUGAAGCUCAUCCUCUUUCUGACUAUUCCCGACACACGAUGGAAAAAUUUCAAGAACUGGUAUCCACUGACAUUCAUUAUGUGUGUUGCCUGGAUCGCCGUGUCUUCAUACUUGGUCAGUUGGAUGAUGACUAUCGUGGGGGAUACCCUCGGAAUUACCGAUUCGAUAAUGGGAAUCACCUUUCUAUCUGCUGGAGGAAAUAUGCCCGAGCUUGUGUCCAUCGUCAUACUGUCAAGACAAGGGAAUGGAGACAUGGCGAUGAGUAAUACACUGGGUGCCAAUACACUGGACAUCCUCAUGUGUCUCGGAUUGCCAUGGAUAAUUAAAUCAGUCAUGUCUGGAUCGGACAUUGUCAUUGAAUCUGGCGCUAUUACAUUCAGUGUUCUCUCGAUCAUUGUGUGCGUUAUUGGAUUCUUCAGUGUCACAGCGUACUACAAAUUUCAAUUGAACAAACGAGUUGGUAUUGCCUGUUUAAUCAUGUACUUAUUAUUCUUAACAUUUUCGAUUCUACUGGAGUCGAAUGUUUUUUGGCAGGUCAAUCUACCCAUGUGUGAAAACUGAAUAUAAUGGUUAAUAUUAGAGAGGGUAGGGAAUUCACUUUGAGAGAAAUAUCGGUAUAAUAUCACAAAACUAGUUUCUUGGGCGAAAUAUUUCCCCUCUUGAAGAUAAAUUGCUUGAGACAUGAAUUCCGCAUAAUAAUUCAGAUAACGUAAGAAUUCCGUGAAGUGUUCAUGACUUGAACAUGAACAUUUCACGAUAAAGUGAGAAUGUUUUGCCUCACGAAAUCGUUUAUUUCCUGUCACUGGGAAUACUCAUUUCUGCAUAUUAUUUUUGAUCAUUAUGUAUUCAUUUAUUCAUUCAAAAGGAGUUAAUGGCCGCUUUUAUUACGUUCAGAUUUGAAAAAAAAAUUGGGAAAAUGAUCUUUAAAAGUUUUACGACGAAUUAAAAGUAUUAUCGCCGUGUGACAUUCAAUAUUUUAUGCCGCUGGGCCCGAAAAACCGCGAUUUAUCGGGCAUAGUGUCGUAAAGUGCCUUUUCCUUCACUCGUAAACGAAAUGUCUUUUCGUUUACUUGUAAACGAAAAGGGCAGCACUCGUUGAACGUAACAUCACUAGCAAACAAUACAGUUCGAGACAUGUGCGAUGGGGAUUUUUCAGCUUGUGCGAUUGGCACCCCUCGGUUUCGCCGCGGGCCUUCAGCUUCACACUCGUAAAAACCCCGUCGCACUUGUACCGAAAUAUAUUAUUCGCGAUGCUAAAUACCGAAAUAUACUAUUCGCGAUGCUAAAUUGAGCAGUGGCGGCGCUGGAGCUUACAAGAUUGCUGACAUAAUAUUUUCCGACUGAAAUUUUUCACUCAAAUUUUUCACUUUCAAGUCCUAAGGGGAUAAAUGGAGUAAAAACCCAUUUAUUAUUGAGGAACAUAAUCGAGUCAGAGACAAGCCCCAAUUGUGUGUAUCAAUGCGAAGCUUCCCCUAAUACAAUUUUUGUUGAUUUCAUUCGAAACGUUUUAUGUUGGCCAUGUUAAAGCAUCAGCGCCACCUCGCGCCUAGUUAACAUCUCGAAUAGGCCUUCCAGCAUAAGUUUAUCCUCUGGUGGGAAUCCCCUCUACACAUGAUUCCCACUUAUAUCCGUCUCCCACGCCUGAAUACGAAAAAAAAAGAUUCUACUGGAAGGGCUAUCUUUUCAUUCAGUAUUACACUUCAACAAUUCGAAGGUCACUAGUUUUUUGCCAAAAAUUUACCAUGAAUUGAUCGAAUACGUGUGCGAUGUACUUCAGUCAAGAAAUUAUUUUUGUUAUAACAUGUCAAUUUUUCUCUCAGUGCACUAGUCACAUUGUUAAAAUCCAUCGAUCAUCAAUCAUCUCGUUAUCAUCCUCAUGCCUGACGUUAUUAUUGUUAAAUAGAAUGUAAGAUUAAUCCUUAAUUUUAAUGAGCUCUGAUACUCAACAGAAGAAAAAAUUAUUUGCUGCCAAAAUAAACUUUUAUCGUGAGAUUGAAUGUCAGAUGUUACUCAUUGAAAUUGACUACGUGCGUCACUUGUUUGUGAAUCUCUUCUAAUUAAUCAAGAGUCGUACCGAUGAUUUUUGCGAUAAUGGGAAUGCAGAAAAUCUGAGACAAGGUACAAAUUGCAAUUAAUAACAAUGACAAAUAUUUGUUCGCACUCUCAUUCCACCGCGAUUGAAACUUUAUUAAACAAUUGGCAUUGUUGAUGUAACAACUUGAAAAACAAUAUUUUUUCAUUAUGUUUUUUUUUGUUUCUUUUUAAAAUUAUUUAUCAUCGCAUUAUUUCACUGCACCAUCGACGUCAAGGUAUCAAAUGUCGUGCCAGUGACCCACUGAUUAUAAUAUAAAUUUCAUUCUUGUUUCGUGUCAUCGUUAAACCAUAUACAUGAACACAUACAAUAAUGUACAAGUGUCGACGCUGGUAAAAAAUGAACGUUUUACAUUAAAAAACACAAUUAGUUUA